UUAAAUUUUUCCAGUUAAUGUAGAAAAUACAUUGAAGCUCUGCAAUGUCUUCUACAUCAUCUAAAAAAACACAGAUAUUGAGAAGAAGUCCGUAUUCAAGAGAAGGCGAUCAAGAAUGGCUCAAAACUCGUAUAAGAGCUACUAAACUACAUUCAAAAGAAGAAUCAUCAGCAAAAAGUGCAGAAACAUCUAAUUUAAAAACAUCACUCUCAACUGGAAAGAACCCUGAUGUCUCCUCAGAAAAAUCACAAAUUUUAAGAAGAAGUCCAUAUUCAAGAGGAGAUGAUCAAGCAUUGCAUAAAACUUGUAUGAGAGCUACUAAAUCAAAUUCGAAUGAAAAAUCAGCAACAAUUGCAGAACCAUCUAGUUCAAAAACACUACUCUCAACUGGAAAGGACCCUGACGUCUCCUUAGAAAAAUCACAGAUAUUAAGAAGAAGUCCAUAUUCAAGAGGAGGUGAUCAAGCAUUGCAUAAAACUCGUAUGAGAGCUAUUAAAUCAAAUUCGAAAGAAAAAUUAGCAGCAAGUGCAGAACCAUCUAGUUCAAAAACAUCACUCUCAACUGAAAAGUACUUUGAUAUCCCAACACCGUCUGAUUCUGAACUAUCAUCAACAUUAUCUGAUAAAUUUCCAUCAUCGCCGACGAUAGAACCUUCAGAAAACAAUGCAUCUACAAGAUCAAGAGAUAGAGUGCCACUACAAAACGUUACCAAUCCUGAAAGAGUUGGAAAAUGGUUUGUUUCCGGCCUCAAAACUCAUGAGAGAAGAGAUCUGACCAGAGUUUUGAAAUAUUCAAUUUUCAAAAAAACUGAAGAAAUCAGAUACCACAGACCAGAAGAAAAGUUUUAUAAAAUUGAGGAAACCAGAGAAAUUUUGAAGCAAAGACAGUUGGAUAGACAAGAAGAUGAAAAAAUUGAUCAUGAAAUGAAGGUAGAAGCUAAAAGAAUUCAGCAUAAAAGGUUCUUCAAAAGCUCAGACAUUCCGGCUCAUCAAUACAGCUGUGAAUGCGAGUUCCCACAUCCUGAUUACUGGAGCGAUCAAAUGAUUGCAGAAGUGCACAGAAACUUCUACAAGAUCAAAUAUGAUCUCAAAAUUCCUAAGGAAAUGGAUCUGUUUCACAAUAGCGAAGCAACAUUAAUUAAACUAAAGAUGAAUGAACGAAAUGCAUGGACAAAGAAAGCCCGACAAGCUAUUGAAUUCAUUGACAUCGAAUUGGGCUGCAGCGGAAUCACUACAAGACAUUCACCUGACUCUCAGGUAUAUAUGAUGCUUCAAAACAACACGAUAAUAGGGUGUGCAGUGGCUAAUGAGGCUCAUCAAGGAUUUAGAUUAGUUUCGAAACUUGAAGACCAACCAUUGGUUUCACCCCAUCCAGAACCCAUAGAAUGUGGGGUGAGUGGGAUUUGGGUCAUACCCAAAUACAGACGGCAUAAGAUCGCUUCAUUCCUGCUCGAAUAUGUUAGGAGAUAUUUCAAGUCUGAGAUUUUGAACAAGGAAUCCAUCGGAUUCUCAGACCCCAGCGCCUUGGGAAGGUUGCUCAUCGCCAGUUACAUGGGAAAAUCUGAUUUCAAAAUAUAUUUUCCUGAAUAUAUGGGAUAUGUAGAGAAAGAAAUUUAGGUUGAAUGAAGUAGACUAUAAUUGAAAUCCAAUGAAAAAGAAAACCUAAGAUAACAGAUUCAAGAUUGCCGUGUGUAUAUGAUAUUAGAAGAAUGAAGUUGCUUCAAGAAUAAAGCUUAAAAAAAUAGUUUAUAUUUAGUUGAUAGCAUCAUUCUGUGAAUAAUUUGAACCUCCUGAUGAAUAGUUUGAAAAUAUUGUAAUUCUGCAAUAAGAGACAUUUCGAAGAUUAAAGCUAGGAUAUGCAUCCUAUUUCACAUUCAUAUGUAUUCGUCAAAUGUAUCCUUGUAAGAAUUAUUAAAUUGUAAUUUUUAUAGUUUUUAAAAAAUAAAUCAUUUCCAAUUUAAAGUUAAUAGAUUAGAAUCAUUAAAUAAUUGCUUUUUAAUGAGCCAUUAAGGCUACAUAAAAAAUCCUGUAUUCUAAUGUUGUCUAUUCACAGUAUCCAUCAGUGCCUAUUAAUAUGGAUGAAUAAAUAUUGUUUUCUGAUCUCAAGUAACAUAUUUUGAUAACCAGUAGUUCUGUGAACAGUAGACCUCGUGCAGUU